GUUCACACUGAUGACCAAAAUGGCGGAUUCCGUGCCGGAACUUGUAGAGGGCUGUCGUCUUCCCGUGCUCAGAAAAAAUCAAGAAAACGAAGACGAAUGGCCAUUGGCAGAAAUUCUCAGUGUCAAAGAAGUCCCUGGGAAAAAGCUCUACUAUGUUCACUACAUUGACUUCAACAAGCGGUUGGAUGAGUGGGUCACUCCAGACCGGCUGGACAUGAAAAAGCUCCAGUUCCCUAAAAAGGAGGCGAAGACACCCACAAAGAAUGGCCUACCUGGCUCUCGGCCCAGCUCACCAGAACGAGAUGUGAGGAAGAGUCUAGAUCUCAACGUUCAAACUGCUUCAGCACCUUCCAGAGGCAAAACCCUUCCCACACCGAAGAGGAAAGCAGAGUCAGUCUCCUUAGCAUCGCAAGUUUCUGCCGCAACAUCAGUGCCUUCACUCCCGAGUUCAACAGAGGUCUCACAGGCGUCUGUGUAUCCCACAGUCCGGGAAACUUUCAGUACCAAAUCCAGAGAUGAGCACGAGCACCUCACCUCCCUCACCACGCAAAACGGCACAGCGCGUCGUCUCAUUCCGUCUCAGCCCGGUAGAAAAAGGAAAAACUGCGGCACAGAUGAGAUGAUAAAGGUAUUCCAGUAUAGCAGCCCUCGCAGUGCCACUGGCUUUCUGCCGCCAGGAGAGGACUCGCAGGACAGCUCGGACGGUAUCCCCUCCGCGCCUCGCAUGACCGGUAGUCUGGUCUCCGACCGUAGCCACGAUGAUAUCAUCACACGCAUGAAGAACAUCGACUGCAUUGAGCUGGGCCGCCAUCGACUCAAGCCCUGGUACUUUUCACCGUACCCGCAGGAGCUGACCGCGCUGCCAAUCCUCUACCUCUGCGAGUUCUGUCUCAAGUACCUCAAAAGCCUAAAGUGUCUGCAAAGGCAUUUGACAAAAUGCAAUCUCCGACAUCCUCCAGGAAAUGAAAUCUACCGCAAAGGGACUAUCUCAUUCUUUGAGAUUGACGGCAGGAAAAACAAGACAUAUUCACAGAACUUGUGUUUACUGGCAAAAUGCUUUCUGGACCAUAAGACCCUGUACUACGACACAGACCCCUUCCUCUUCUACGUAAUGACGGAGUAUGACUCCAAGGGCUUCCAUAUAGUUGGCUACUUUUCUAAGGAAAAAGAGUCGACUGAGGAUUAUAACGUGGCCUGUAUUCUGACUUUACCACCAUAUCAGAGGAGAGGCUACGGCAAACUGCUGAUCGAGUUCAGUUAUGAGCUUUCCAAGGUUGAAGGGAAGACAGGCACCCCGGAGAAGCCCCUGUCUGAUCUGGGCCUGCUAUCCUACCGCUCCUAUUGGUCUCAGACUAUUCUCGAGAUCCUCAUGGACCUUAAAUCAGAAAAUGGAGAGAGACCACAAAUCACCAUUAAUGAAAUCAGCGAGAUAACCAGCGUAAAGAAAGAGGAUGUAAUAUCAACCCUACAGUACCUCAACCUCAUCAAUUACUACAAGGGGCAGUACAUCCUCACACUCUCAGAGGACAUCGUAGAAGGUCACGAACGUGCCAUGCAUAAACGACACCUUCGCAUCGACCCCAAAUGCCUGCAUUUUACACCAAAAGACUGGAGCAAGAGGGGCAAGUGGUAGGAGACGUACUACACCGUGACCUCUGGGACUGAAGCUUGGAGAACUGCAAAGUUUAAUAGACUACAUUGCAGGAGUCGAUUUACAGACUUUUUUUGUCCUAAUCAGAGAUGAUUUAAAAGAGAAAAAAAAAAAUAUCGUUACUGCCCUUUGUUCUAGUGAUUGUGCUUAUGUGACCAUCAGAUUUGUCCUCGUGUACCCUUUUUACGAUUCUUCCUCAGAUUGGUGUUUUUCAAGAAGAGAAAGUGAAUUUGCUUUUCUGACGUCUUUGAUUCAUCCACCUUCUCCUUCUCUGAUGGCCCCUAUCUUCAUCACUGUCUUGCUCCUGUUAUUCAUCCUCGCUUUGGGUUUUAAUGAAUUACUUCACAGUAACAACAACAACAAACAAACACUUUGUCUCCCAGUGCUCUCAAAUCAGAUGAAACUCUUAUCACAGACUUUAUUAUUAUUAUUAUUAUUAUUAUUUUUUAUCCAGCACAUCCACCUGUGGAUUCUACGCACAAGCAACAUCAAGCUAAAGCUACCCUGAUGUUUAUUCUUUGGUAUUUGUACAUAAUAUACACCACAUUCUCUUCUUUUUGUAAAGGAUGUUUUUAACCUUGGUAUUGCAUCUCUCUGUGGGGGGAAUUUAACAAAAAAGAAAAAGAAAUUGCAUGGGGAUGUCCGUGGAAAAAAAAACAACAACAAAAAACAAAACAAGCCAUGUCGAACUGUUACGAGAAUGUAAAUUUGGAUUCGUGUACAGCUGUCGAUCUUUUGUUUUUUGUUUUGGGUAAAAAGAACUGAAUGUAAACCGUGAAACACUCGUGGCAUAGUAUUUUAAUUUAAGGUAAAGACGACUAUUUUCUGUAAAAAUCCCCGUCCCAUGAUUUAGAGAGAUCUGUAACACGAAAAAAAGAUUUCUAUUAGUGUUUCUUCCCUCACUUAAUGUUAACUAUAUCGAUGACGAGGAGCAGUUUUUGUUAUUUUCUAUGUAGUGGCAUUCUGUUUUCCCAUCUACUUCCACAUAGACCGUUCACUCCCUCGAGUGUCAUGUAAUUUCUCUUUACAGUCUUCAUUAAAUGCCACAAGGUGGAACCACUUUUA